AUGAUCGGCGAAAAUGAUAUUAAACACGACGUGGUACCUCAAAGCCGUAAUCUCGACAUUGGGGAGAUGCUCGCCGUAGAGUUGACCCCAGAAGAGGAACGAAAGGUGCUCCGGAAGCUGGAUUUUAUUUUGAUCCCUUUGAUGGGAUGUGCAUACUUUCUCCAAUUCUUGGAUAAGCUGGCCUUGAGUCAAAGUACCCUGUUCAACCUGCGCCAGGAUCUUAAUAUGCAUGGCUCUGAAUACUCCUGGGCCUCUGCGAUAUUCUACUUUGGCUACUUCUUCUGGAGUUGGCCAAGCUCCUACGUGAUAGUGCGCCUUCCCAUUGGAAAGUACCUAUCGGUCUCGGUGUUCUUAUGGGGCGGUAUUCUGAUGUGCCAUGCUGCGUGUACAAACUUCGCUGGGCUGAUGGUCGCUCGGUUCUUCCUUGGAGUUGGCGAGGCAGCUAUUGCCCCGGGCUUCACUCUGUUGACCGGUAUGUUCUACAAAAGAGAGGAGCAGCCACUUAGACAAUCCGCGUGGUUCUUCGGCAACUGCAUCGCCGUUCUGGUCGGAGGGCUGAUUGCAUAUGGCAUUGGCAGUAUUAGCACAGGGGCCAUCGAACACUGGAAAUUGUUGUUUUUGAUACUCGGUGCGAUUACCUCCACGUACGGCAUCGUCCUGUUCCUGCUUCUACCAGACUCUCCCGCCAAAGCGGUAUUCCUCAAGCCAAGCGAACGUACGAUCACUAUCAAGCGGACUUUGCAGAACAAGACAGGUGUCAUGGAUAACGGGGUUUUCAAGUGGUCCCAAGUCAGAGAAGCAUCGAUCGACCCACAAGUCUGGCUUCUGGUCUUGAAUUCCUUUGCUUCAAAUUUGUGCAAUGGAGGAAUAACGAGCUUUACGUCGAUCAUCACGGCCGGUUUCGGGUUCACAGAUCUCAAAGCCCUCCUCAUGCAAAUGCCCCAAGGCGCUGCCCAGAUCGUGUUCUUGCUUAUCACAUCCUUGGCAGCCACUUUCGUCCCGUCUUGUCGGAUUCUUGGAAUGAUCUUGAACACAAUCGUCUCCGUCGUUGGAAUGCUCUUGAUCUGGAAGUUGAACCCAGCGGAGCAAGUUGGCCGGAUGGUCGGAUUGACCUUGGGCGUUGUUUAUGCGAUCAAUCUCCCGAUCUCACUCAGCAUCGUGACAUCUAACGUUGCUGGGUUCUCCAAAAAGAGUGUCACAAGCGCAUUACUGUUUAUUGCCUAUUGUGUGGGGAACAUCGUUGGUCCACAGUUCUUUCUCGCGUCAGAGGAACCUUCCUAUCCGACUGGGAUAACAGCAGCGAUGUCGGGGCUUGUGCUGAGCAUUUUCUUCCUGCUUUGCUUGUACGUCUAUUAUACGUGGGAGAACCGACGCCGAGACAAGCUAUACGGGUCUCCGGCGGACAUGACAGUCGGGGCCGAGCUACGAGAGGAAUUAUCGAACAAGACAGACAGGCAGAUCGAAAGUUUUCGGUAUUUGCUGUGA